AUGGAUCCAACCGUGUGCACGUCAUAUCCGAAAUACAACGAUACCACACUUUACACUUGCAUCACGUCACCUAGCAGACCACGUGCAGCUAUAAACUGGUUUGAGGAUGGACGCAACAUCACCAACAUGUCAAGUUCAACAUAUGUCUCAGAUGUCACAGCAAGUGUCCUUAGAUACCUACCGACUGUAAACCGUCAAUCAAAUAUUUCGUGCGUUGCAAUCUACGAAUACAGAGAGGCCCUCAUAUCAUUUACGAGAUCAACGACAGCCUUUGUACAAUUUCGGGUUUCCAAGCCAACUGUUUCAAUUAACGACGUAAAUGUUUCCGGCAUAGUCACGGUACUGGUGGGAGAUAUGGUACGAUUUUAUUGCGACGCGGCUGGGUUUCCUCUUCCUGUGUAUACAUGGAAUUUUCAAGGCCAUUCAUUUGAGGGUCCCAAACUAGAGCUGCACAUCUCCAGCACAGAUAAUGGAAGUACGUUAGGAUGUUCAGUAUCAAAUGAACUGUUGACGCUAACUGGAAGCCCAUCUGCAACGUCAUACUCUGAUUGGACGACAAUUAUUCUAAAAGUAGUGUCUCCUCCACGUUCCCCAGAGCAAGCUCAUAUUAAGGCUGACUCAGUUACUGAGAAUUCCGUUAAGAUUGAGUGGAUACUGAGUGAAAAUGGAGAUGACCCAGAUACAAUUACACUUUUUUGGAAAAUUGAAAAUAUGCCGUACUGGAACGCAGUUACCAUACCCUCCGCUACAAAGAGUUUUUAUUUGCAAGGCUUGGAACAAGGGAAGAGAUACGAAGUAAAACUUACGGCUGAGAAUAUUGCUGGAGUUUCAAACGAAACUUACAUUGUCACCUUUGAAACUAAGGAUUCUGCGCAUGUUGCUUCUAUUGUCGGAGGAGUGAUCGGUGGUGCGUUCGGUCUCAUUUUCUUCUGUACUAUUACGUUUGUGAUAUAUCGAAAAUGCCUAAUGAAGAGAGAUAAACAGCCUUUGCAAGAGAAUUCAUACGAGGAUUUAACGAAAACAAGAUCACCAACAACGGACCUCGAAAGCUAUAGUACAUCAGCUGGUCCAGUUGCCGAAUGCUAUGAGGAAACCGGUUUCCAUGGACGAAGCAACCCCACUUACUUAAAAGACGUGCCACAAGAACAACAAGAAAACUAUGAGUAUGUAGGAAACAUUAAGUCGCAGCAGAAAAACGUAAUGGCAACGCAAAUCAACAGCCGCAACUAUUCGAAUUAGCCGUGACAGUAAAACAAUUAUAUCGUUGAGCAUUUACUCAACUGAGCAUCACUGAAAUAAUGGUCCCAAAACCUAUGUUAUGUAGUUAGAUAAGUAGUAGUUAAUUUAUUGUUUUUACAAUGAAACAGUUUGUGUACAUAUACACUUAAUGUAGUCAUUAAUGAUGCAUUGUUUAAUAUGUGAUUUAUAAUUAAUCUGUUAAUAUGCGAUUUAAUAUGUACCUAUUUACUUUCGGACAGUGUCAUGUUUGACCAUUUUACCCAUAACCGAAAGGUUGUUUCUGUUUGGAAAACAUUGAGAGGUUUGCUGAUUUAUUAUAUAUUCUCGAUUUUGUUUUCAUUUAUUCAUUUUAAUAUGGAACGUUUUAUUUUAAUUUGUGCUCUAUAUUAUAAGAACGACGCUGCACGCCAAUUUGUUUUUAGUCCGUUUUGUGUUAAAAUUCAACAGCUUUUUAUGAUAUAGAACCUCUUUAAUGAAGUUCAGCUACAACUUAAGCAUAAAUUAUAAGUCAUGAUGCAAUAAUGAUUUGUUUAUUAUAGUUAAUUUUAAAUAUGUAGAUGUGCGUGUUUUUUCCUACAAAGAAAGUAAACUUUACAAGUUACGGAGCAUUUUUCUAUUUAAAUGGCGUAGUGGAAUAUAAUCAUGAAUAUUUAGGAACAAUUCUGGUAUGACUUACAAUCACUCAAGUAUGUAUGCUUCGAGGAUCGAACUGAGUCGAUCGAUUUGUUUUUUUUUUUUGUAUUACGAGUACGAAUCGAGCUUUGAGACCAAUCUUGAGAUUCAAUAUUAACACGAUUAUUUUGAGAAGUUCGCACAAGGGGUGGGGUAAGGGCUUCGUGUUUCAUUUUAGUACACGUUUGUUGAAUAAAUUAGCGAUUCAUGUACAUAAGAUGUCGCUUAGAGCUUUAAACUGUUCACAGUCAUGAAGUGCAUUGUUUUUUAGUAUCGAUUCAAAGUUGUUUUAAUUCACAACUGUCAUUAUAUUUGUACAUAAAUACAAGAGGCUAUUAAUGCAUAUCGAUGCUUUUAAUUAAUUUAAAAGAUAAGCAGACACUACCUGUCGAGUAAGAAUUUAUUUAUCAGAUAAAUUAAUUUUAUUAGGUUAAUAAACACCAAUCAAUUGUCAAUAAUACUAACAUGUAUACUUUUUUUCUAAAACAACUACUAUUUUUCCAUCGUAACUUAGGCAUACUUCUUGUACCAAGAUAAUUUUUCAUCGAUCAUAUGUGUCUGCAUUCAACGAUUACAAUGCUGGA